UUUCCACCCGGUCGACCAUUUUUAACGCAACUGGCAUUGCGCAUGUUUUCUGACGGCUGUCCUCUAAAUCUAAACAUUUAAAGUACACGCUACUGUUACCAGAACUUACUGCAAACAGAGUUGCCGUGAAUGAAGGAUUUUUUUAGGGAGUUGACAUGACUGCUCGCGGGACACCGAGUCGUUUUUUACAGAGCGUUCUCCAUAACGGAGUGGGUCGCUAUGUGUGUCAGUUAAAGCGAAUAUCUCUCGUCUUCUCAAAGAAAGGACAAGGCUCUGUAGGAGUCAGGGACUUCAUUGAGGAAGGUGUGGUGGACUUUGCCAAGAAUAACCCAGGAAUUGUGGUUUACAUCUCUCCUCAGUCCUGCGGGAUUCCCAAAAUAGUUGCAGAAUAUUUGAAUGGCAAAGUCCAAGAGGAGACGCUCACCAACAAAACAUCUCAGCAAGUUACUGAACUCAUAACCAAGUUAUCCAACCAGUCAGGACUAGACAUCAUCCGCAUUCGUAAACCCUUCCACACAGACAGUCCGAGUAUCCAGGGCCAAUGGCACCCCUUUACCAAUCGAACUCCCAGCAUUGAUCCAGUUGGCCCACAAACAAAAUAAGGACUUUGCUGUUAAGUCAGUGGUUUUGUAUUUAUUUUCAGACUGAUGUUCAGAUUUGCUGGUAAACCUCUGCCACAGCUCCAACACUGGCCCACAUUUAACAGUACUAAGAUGAGUUGCAUGUCUUCAAAUAGGACUCAUUACUGGACUGAUAAGAUGUUUUUUAUGGUUUAAGAGGUUUGUGUAAGAUAAAAUUGUACCAGGCAGUAAGACAUUCAUGCACUGAAAAUGCACCUGUUUGCCUUUGGGAAAUAAAGUUCUGAAUUGAUGAUCUGAUGACAGA